AUGGUGGAAGAUAUGACUGGAUCAUGGGCACCGAGAUGUGUGGCCUCAACACCUUCAUCUGAAGUUGAUGUAGUCGUCGCCCCGCCUUCUUCUGAUUCACCAGAACCCAUCAAGCCUCCUCAUUUCAGCAGCGCAGAGUGGACGCCAGAUGGUACCACUCUUUUAACCAACUCAAGUGAUCACCACAUUCGCUCGUUCAUAGUGCCACCGGAUCUGCUUGAAACGGGAUCAGUUCAUAACUUGUCCCCGUAUUCAACCUUGCCUUCGGCAGAACCCACUUAUGCCUUGGCAGUCUAUCCAUUUUUCAAUCUGCAGGACCCCUCAACUACUCUUUUUCUGUCGUCGGUAAGAGAUCACCCAAUUCGCCUGGCUUCAGCUCUUGCCCCAGUCUCGGUGGCCAGCUAUUCGCUGGUGAACCCAACAACAGAAGCCUUCAUCACCCCUCAUUCCAUGAUCUAUCCAUCCACCCUGGGAGGCACUCAUUUCCUCACGGGCUCAGACAGUCUUAUUUGUCUGUUCGAUAUCUCGCGGCCUGGUAGUGAUGGCCCUGUGUCGUGGCUACCAACAAUCCCGAGUAAACGUAAACAGACUGUGGGAGGAGGUAUUGGCAUGAAAGGCAUCGUCUCGGCCAUGGCAAUCAGCCCCACAGGCGAUGGGAUUCUGGCUGCGGGAACUUUCACGAGACAGGUUGGGCUCUAUAGCUCCAAUGGCUCUGGUGAGCUUCUGGGCACAUUCAGUAUUGCGAAGACUGAGGCCAAUCGCGAGAUUGGAGGGAAAGGAGUCACCCAACUUGCAUGGAGUCCAUGUGGGCGGUACCUUUAUAUUGCAGAGCGCAAAAGUGAUGGUGUCCUCGUCUACGAUAUCCGUGUGACGGGGCAGAUGCUCGGAUAUCUUCGAGGACGCCGAGCUGUCACCAACCAGCGUAUGAAUAUUGAUGUCAUCUCUGCUGGUACAGAUAGUAGCCAUGAGGUUUGGGCAGGUGGUACGGAUGGAUACAUGAGAGGAUGGAAAAACCCCGUGUAUGCUGCUGGUGGCCAAGAUCCAGAUUGGGAGUUCAAAGUUCACGACGGUUUGUUGUACAUUCAAGGCAGGUCAUGGUGUAUCAAGUAG